AUGGCGGCGGCGGGCGGCGGUGGGGGCGCGGGGGCGGCGGAGGACGCGGGUGCCGAUGGCGGCGGCCCUGCCCCGGGUCGCGCCGAGGUGUUCGCCACCGUGGUGGACACGUUCCUGGAGAAGCUGGUGGCCGCCGGGAGCUACCAGAGGUUUGUCAACUGCUACCGCUGUCUCUACAAACUGCAGCCCCAGCUGACCAAGAGCAUUUACGAUCAGUUCAUCUACCAGCUGCAGGCGUCCAUAAAGGAGGAGAUCCAGGAGGUGAAAAAUGAAGGGAAUCUGGAGGGACUCUUGAGUUCACUGGAUAAGAUCGUGGAGGAGGCAAAGGACCGGGAAGAGCCAGCGUGGCGGCCCAGCGGGAUCCCGGAGGAGGAUGUCCGCAGCGCCAUGGUUCCCUACUUCCUGAAGCAUCGCUCCCACCUGCGCAGAAUUCUCAGGGAGAAGGAGGAAGAGAGCAGGAAGGUGGCCGAGUCCGUGCUCAUGGGGAGGGACAGGAUUGCAGAGUUGCAGCAGCUGAUCCAGGCUCGCCAACAGGCCUGGCAGGCGAUCAGUAAGGAGCAACAAGAACUCAUCAUGACAUUCCAGGAGCCCCAGUGAGGCCACAGGAUGUCCCACGGGCUCUGCUGAGACAGUUCAUCAUCCCAAAGUACUGAUGGGACAAGGUGUGCGCAGAACCCAAACUGAGAAUCACUCUGUCAAGGCCACUGGAGACUGCAGAGGGACUGAAAUGGCUGCUGGACUGGCACAGUUUGAUCAGAUUUCAUGCAGAAACAAAAAAGACAUUGGGAAAUGGAUGGCAAUUCCGUAUUUCCUCCUCAGCUAGACACAGAGGAGUGUCACAAAGCGUGUGCUCUCAUCUGCUCCACUCAGUGUUGUGACAGGCCUGAUUCCAGUUUCCACAUGGGGGGUUUUGCUGCUGUUUCAGCUGUGUGUUAGACAGAGUUUAAUGCCUUAAGCCCCAAACCAGGCUGUGCUCAGGCCUGAGGAGCCCACGAGCAAAAGCACACAAACCUGGGGGUGGGUCACAGCCAUUGCUCCUCCCUGGUUUAUUGAGUCUCCAUGUGUUCAAGCCACUGCCCAUUACAGAUGUGGCAGCAGCUGCUGCAUGAAGUUCCUUGUUACCAUUCAUUAUGUUAUUUUCUAGCCCUGCUGCCCUCCCAGCAACUUGAGGGUAUCCAGGGGUCUAUGCAGAGGUUGGAAUGGCCCUGCCUCCACUGUGUGGGCUUGUGGCACAGGGGUUUAAUGUUGUUCUGUGUAACCUUCUAGAACCAGACUGGUUUUCCCCACCCAGAGUUUUCUGUUACUGCCUCAUCGGAAGUUUGUGGGCUGGGGAAGCAGAGGCUCCCUCUCUUAGUGGUGUGUGCCUCCAGCAUGAAUAGGUUGUUCCUUGGGGCUGGGCAGGGAAUGAGGAGAGUCCCCCCCACACCUGAUGAGGACUGAGAGAGGUUCUGAGUCCAACAACCACUGAGGGCAGCAGUUUCCCUGGUCUGCACCCCAAGGAGAGGCCCUGCCCUGGGCCAAACUGGGGAGCAGCAGUGGCUGCUCACUCCACACCCCAGCCUCUGUUUGCAAUUAGAGCCUGGGCAGAGUGGCUGCAGCAGUUUCCCCUCUGCCUCCCCUUGCUUUGGUGGAAUCUCAAUAAAUUGGAGCUGUUGUUCCCAGCUUGGCUCCCACUGCGUA